UAAUUCCCUAUCAGGAGUGAUGGCCUGCAUGCCUGGUUAGCAUAUUUCUGUGGCUGUCUGUAAUAAACACGUACCAUGGAAGGGAGAAACGAGAAGUUGUUCUCCAGAAAAAGAAGUUUCACAUUCGGAGCUUAUGGAGGGAUUGACAAAUUCAUCACUGGAAAUGAGAGCAGCUGUGCAGAAUCCAUGGGUCACAGCAUACUGGAUAUUUUGGAUUCCCCCUCCAGUGAGGCUAAGCCACUCACUUCUGCACCGUCCAGUCAGAAGGUUACUGAGUUGUUUGCAAUCAUUGAAAAGCUACAGGGUAGCAGAUUGGAUGAACAACGUUGUGAGUUUCCACCACCUCUGAGGACACGGCUGUUAAAGAUUGGAGAUGGCUUACCUCUCAUCCUGCCCCCUAAAUCUGGAGGUUAUUGGAUCGACCCUCCCCUGGAUAGACACGUGGAGACCAGCCCUACUCUCUCACAGGGUGGAUUUGGUCUGGAGAGCUAUGACAUCAUGGAGAGAGACAGUGAAGCUAAAGUCUAUCAGGAAUUCUUCCGCCAUAGAUAUCAUCAUUCGUUCACUGCCAGUGACCCCUCUCUUGGGCCCCUAGUUUUAUCUCUUUGUCUCGAGGAAGAGGAAAAUCGCCUGAGAGUCAUUCUGAGAAUGAAGGAGUGCUCAAUUCAUGGCACAUUCUCUGUUUCUCUCUUUCAACAAUUCCCCACGGCGGUGGAGCUGGCAAAGAUGCUGUGCUCAAGUGUCAGCGUGUCAUGUUUUGAGGCUGUGAGUUACUUAAAGGCCCCAGAGAUCAUAAUGGCAUUUGAUGAACACAGGGUGUCUCAAAACUUUAAAUUUGGUGUCUUAUACCAGAGAGAAGGACAGUUCACAGAGGAAGAUAUUCUCAGUAACAAUGAGGAAAGUGAGGAGUUUUUGGAGUUUUUAUCAAUACUCGGGCAGACAGUCAAACUGCAAGGAUUUACUGGGUUCAGGGGAGGUCUGGAUGUCUCUCAUGGCCAGACAGGAAAUGAAGCAGUUUUCACCUCCUUCCAUGGACGAGAGAUUAUGUUCCAUGUUGCCACUAAACUGCCGUUCACAGAAGGAGAUACACAACAGUUACAGAGAAAGAGACACAUUGGGAAUGAUAUUGUUGCCCUGGUAUAUCAGGAGGGUCACACUCCCUUCAUUUCAGAUGUGAUCAGAUCCCACUUCUUGCACUGUUUUAUUGCAGUGCGGAGAAUAAAGAGAGAAAAUGAGGGAGAAGGAGAAGAUGGAGGAUCAUUUCAGGUAUCUGUCACUGCUAGGGAGGAUGUGCCCCCAUUUGGCCCACCCCUUCCUACGCCACCCAUUUUUACCGAGGGCUCAGUUUUAAGAGAGUUCCUUUUGACCAAACUUAUAAACGCUGAAAUCUCUUGUUACAAGGCAGAGAAAUUCAGUCGACUGGAGUUACGUACACGUUCAUCUCUCUUGGAAGCACUGCGAUCUGAACUGUCUUCCCGCUCCCAAUGCAUGUUGGGAGAGCCGUCAUUGCCCGGCAUCCCCCUCACUGAAGGAGGGAGGAGUGUUACAGAGGGUGGUGGAGGAUUCAUUGAGAACUUUAAGAGAGCUAUUAGAGUGCGAAGCCACUCGUUCGAUACCUUGGGAGUACCAAAGAAGGCAGGUGGUGUAGCAGGGCAGCGGCCAAAGGAUGGUGAAAGCGAGCAAACAAGCAGCGUGGGAUACACUGAGAUGAGAGGUCAAACCAGCCCCCAGGACGACCUAUAGAUGAAGGUUGUGUUACUCUUUCGGCCCUAAGCACAAAAAAGACUUCAAGACUUCUGAAGACCUCAAGAUAGGUGCUUACCAUCCGUUUAAAGAGUGCAAAGCACAAUUAAGUAAAUAGAUCAUUUUAAUAAUGCUUUGUGUAUUAAGGUAAGUUGUGACUAGCUGCAAGUGCAAUCAUAAAGAUAUGAAUAUGUAAGAUUUCAGAUAUUGUAUAUUAUCAUUUGAAUGUCUUCUUUAAAGUGGCAUAGUUAAGAUUCAGUGGCUGCUUUUAACUGAUGUACACCAGUGAAGAUGGGUUUAAUUUCUGGAAAUGAACAAACUAUUUUUCUGAAAUUUAUUCAUCCAACUGUGAUUAAAUAUUAUAAGUGUAUUUCAAAUAUAUUUAAGUUUGAUCUGCAACGAGAGACCCAAUAAAUCUGAUUAGAACAUUU